CCUAAAAAUGUAUAUAUAUCCAUUUCUGUGUACUCUGUUUCGCAAUUCAGCUGCUGCUUCUUCUACACAAACACACACACACACAAACACACAGUAACAGUAUAGUGUGUGUUAAUUACAGCAGCCAUGGAUUUUCCUGUAAUAACAACAAAUUCACUUUUAUUUUUCACGCUGCUAAUUUUCUUACACUACCCAAAUUCAUGCCUUUCGUCACUAAUUUUACCCCUCAAAGCGAAGCUAACACAAUCGCCGGCGGUUACCACACCGAACAAGCUCUCCUUCCACCACAACGUCACCCUCACCGUAGCACUCGCCGUCGGCUCGCCCCCACAGCAAGUUACCAUGGUCCUCGACACAGGCAGUGAGCUCUCCUGGCUCAACUGCAAGAAAACCCCCACCACACCUUCCUCCUUCGCACCCCACCUCUCCACUUCCUACCGCCCAAUCCCCUGCUCCUCCCCCACCUGCACCACCAAGACCCGCGACUUCACCCUACCCGUUUCCUGCGACCCGAACAAACUCUGCCAUGCAAUCCUCUCCUACGCCGACGCCUCCUCCGUCGAGGGCAACUUGGCAUCCGACACUUACCGGUUCGACAACUCCGUGGCCCUACCCGGUAUGGUUUUCGGGUGCAUGGAUUCCGGGUCGAGCUCCAACCCGGAAGAGGAUUCCAAGACGACGGGUCUGAUCGGAAUGAACCGGGGGUCUCUAUCGUUGGUUUCUCAGAUGGGUUCCCGGCAGUUCUCGUACUGCAUCUCCGGCACCGAUUCAUCCGGCGUUCUCCUCUUCGGCGAGGCGAAUCUCCCGUGGCUGAAGCCUCUGAACUACACGCCGAUGAUUCAGAUAUCUACUCCUCUGCCGUACUUCGACAGGGUGGCGUACACGGUCCAGCUGGAAGGGAUCCGGGUCGCGGGCACGGUUCUCCCGCUACCCAAAUCCAUAUUCGAACCGGACCACACCGGAGCGGGUCAGACAAUGGUCGACUCGGGCACCCAGUUCACCUUCCUGCUCGGUCCGGUUUACACUUCUUUAAAAAACGAGUUCCUGAGACAAACAAAAGGGAUUUUACGGCCACUGGGUGACCCGAAUUUCGUGUUCCAAGGGGCGAUGGAUUUGUGCUACCGGGUUGAGUUGACCCGGGCGGUUCUGCCGCAACUGCCGAGUGUGAACUUGUUGUUUCGGGGAGUGGAGAUGAGUGUAGCGGGUGAGAAGUUGCUGUAUAAAGUUCCGGGUUUGACCCGGGGGAGCGAUUCGGUUUAUUGCUUCACAUUCGGGAACUCGGAUUUGUUGGGUGUGGAGGCGUAUGUGAUUGGACACCAUCACCAGCAGAAUAUGUGGGUUGAGUUUGAUUUGGCGCGAUCCAGAGUCGGACUCGCUGAGGUUAGGUGUGAUUUAGCUAGUCAAAGAUUGGGAUUACCGCCUUAAUUAAUUACUGUUAUUAAUUAAUUGUGUUCACACGCUCAUGAAUCAUGAUAAUCAAGAUUCUCAAUUGAAUUCAUUAUUUGUACGUAACUAUUGAUUCAGUCCUGAUCUAGGUAAUCUGACACACCAAAUCAGAUCCUAUGUAAUAGUGAUGACAUGCAAAUUUUAUACUCCUUCUUAAUUUAAUUGUUGGUUUUUUUA